AAAUCUGAAAUUUCUCUGUAAUCAAAUUUCAAAAUGGUUUUCUGGGUUGAAUACCGUUCAACUAGAUACCCUGUAGAUCCUCCAGACCCAACUAUUUUUGACAUCAAAGUAGCUAUUGCACACAUGCAUCACGACGUUGGGGUGUGGAAUCAAAAGAUCUUCCAUCGUGGAGUCGAAAUGGACAAUGAUGCAAUCAGAGCUGAAGAUUAUGGAAUUAGAGAUAAUGAUGAGAUAUUUCUCAGUGUUAGGAGGGAUUACUAUUUCCAAGCAAAUGAUGUGAAGCACUUUUCGACGAUCUGGGAUCACCAAACUAUUUUGGAAGUCAAGAACGAGAUCCGGAUAAUGACAGGUAUCCCUGCGGAGAAGAUGGAGCUGUCUUACAUAGGAAAUACCCUUCAAGAUAAUCAAAAGCUUGCCAGUUACAAAAUUCCUAAUACUGCUACUAUUGAUGCUUUUGAGAUGUAUGAUUUGGAGGUUAUGGGAUAUAACGGCAUUUAUAAAUUAAAAGUCCAUAAGAGGAUGACAAUUGGUCAAGUGAAGUAUAAACUUCAUGUUGAAUAUGGUCUUGACCAUACAACAAUGAGACUCGAACGUGCUUAUAGUAAAGGCUUCUUUAGAGAUUAUGAACGUCUGUCAGCUCAUAAAUAUCUAGUUAUGAUGGCUGUUGGUGGUGGAGCUUAAGUAGAUUUUUUUUUUUUUUUUUUUUUUUUUUUAGAAUAAGGUUGUUUACUUAC